UGUAAGCACAAAGAUUGCAAUGUUACCUGAAAUAAAUGUAUUUCGCUCGUAAAAUGUUACGCUAAACGUUAUUUCGUUUUGAUGUUAAUGGUUAAAGUAUUAAAUUACACUUGCAUAUAGUUCUAUAUAAAUACAGAGAACAACAGUUGACUAUUAAAUGUUUGAAAGUUGAAAAUUUUCAACUAAACAAUCCAACCAGCUGAGGCUUCCUCUACCAUUUUGUGUGGUGGUUAACCUCCUGAUUCCAAGGCCAAUUCAUUAUUUUAAAUAACUGAUGAUCUCAUUUUCCUUGGACUUAAUGCUGUAUUUAAUUUGAAGGACCAAGGCACUUCUUUAUAUAUAUAUAAAUUUAAUAUCUACUUUUGUUUGCAAAUUCAAAUGAUGCCGCCAGAAUCUGAGCCAAACCAUUUUAUUGGGUCUAUGGUCUCUAUAGACUGUGGCCAGUUAGGCACAUAUCAGGGUCAUGUACAGAAAAUUGAUCCGGUGAUGAACACGUUAACAAUCACUCAUGCAUUUCACAAUGGUCUGCGCUGUGAUCAGUCAGAAGUGAACUUAAGUUCAACCACCAUCCUAGACAUUAAAAUCAUCCAUGCAUCUCAUGAGGCCAAAGAAAUCAUCACCAGAAAAGCCACCCCUUCCAAGAUGACCAAAGAAAUUGACGAGGUGACCAAGCCUAAGUGCUCUUCCCCUGUAAAGAUAAUCAAAGCUACCACCAAUGCACGUACAGGGUUUAUUUCAGCGCCUGGCCAGCCCGGUUUUGUAAAUAAUGUGGAUAACGCAGAGGGUAAGAGCGGUUGCCGUCGGAAACUUUCCCCGCCUGAUAGCCCCUCCAAGUUAAAUGGUGUUGGUGGACAGCUUGGCCCCAGGCCACGGAUCAGCAAGAGCGCCAACCGAGAGCCUUCUAUUGUAGAAGUUGCUGAACAAGAUUAUCAGAAUGGUCAUGGCAAAUACAAAAAUGGCACCGCAGCUAGGAAAAUGGAAAGAAGUAAACGGGGAGCUAAUUCAAGAAACAGUGAAUGUUUCAGUGCUCCAACAGACUCUUUUCUGCAAGAGUUUGAUUUUGAAUCCAACCUUGCCCUAUUCAACAAAAAAGAGGUCUUCCAGGAGAUAGAGAACGGGUUCCCUGACCUGAGCCUGGAUGCAGACCCCAGUGAGCAGAAGUACAGGCAUGAUGAGAACAUUCUGCAGCCUGGGGAGAGCAAUGCUCUGCCUGUUAUGAAGCAGCAGAUUCAAGUCCCUGGUCCCAAGUCUCAACUGUAUUACACAGAUACUGGCUUGGUUGUGCCUUCAAUUAGCCUGGAGAUGAGAGAGAAAAUUUGUGAAACAGCAGCGCAGUGUGGCCUGACUGGCACAAGGCAGUUGGAGGCCUAUGGCAGGGCAGCGAGUGAGAUGGUGAUCCAUUUGAUAGGAGGCAGUCACAGGAUCCACCCCAAGAACAACCACCAGAUGCCUGUCGUGGCUGUGCUGUGUGGGCCCCACCAGCAGGGUGCCCUAGGGGUGUGCUGUGCCCGCAUUCUCUCCUCCCACGGAGUGCAGGUCAUUUUAAUGCUGCCCAAAAAUUCAGCCGUGCCCCAGGUCCUAGCCCAGGAGGUGGAGCUGUAUAAGAUGUCUGGGUCCACUUUGACGCACAGCGUUACAGGUCUUCCAGAUACCAUUGAUUUAAUAGUGACAGCCAUGGAUGACCCGUUUGAUGCAACACUGAAUCAACAGCCAUGGUACACCAGCGUGGUCAAUUGGAUGGUCAACAGCAGCAUUAAAGCUCAAGUUCUAGCAUUAGAUCCCCCUUCCCAUGAUCCUGGCAUUGCAGCUAAGUGGAGCCUGUGUAAAGUUUUACCUUUAAACCAGGUGUCUCAGAGGUGUGGCAGCUUGUAUUUAUGUGAUCUCAGCAUACCUUCAACCAUAUUCAAAAAGUUGGGCAUAACGUAUGUCUCGCCUUUUGGCUCCAAGUUUGUUAUUCCACUUCAUGCGCAGCAGUAGAUCUGGGACU